AUGUUACCCACCGACUUCGCGUAUCGACCCAAAGGCCAGUUGACAGGGAAAUUGCAGCGAUCAACAAGGGGCCUCAUUGGUCGUUCAGCAGCCAUGUGGGAUAAUUCGAAACAUCGCUACCAACAAUCGAAAAUGGAAAUAUGGCACAAAUCAGCAGACACAUUAAAUGAUUCGAAGGAUCGGUGUCAUCAGUCGGCUAAAUUAAUGCUAUAUCGAUCGGUAUCGAAAUGGAAUCAAUCAGCAGAUCAGUUACACCGAGUCGCUCGUAUUGAAGACAUAACACAACAUGUUACAGCACGCGAUGGGCAAACCCAAGAGCAAACGACUCCACAGUCACGAUUUUACUCGCGGGCACUCCACUCGAAAUCAACAAACUCGUCUACAAACCCCAAGACCACAUCACCCUCCACAAAGGUGAAAUCAAUCAAAUCUGCCUCAGUCACUGGCUCUUUAAUCUCCCCAGAGGAGCAGAUCAGAGGGCUUUACGAAGAAACUGUACUUGUAAAUUCCAUGGCGAAGCAGACAAGACAGUUGCGGGAUAACAAAAGCACAGUCCUGGGCGAGAUCGAGCUUGAGUGGGUCAAUUCGACCAUCACCGAUGCCGAAAAUGCCGCCAAUGAUUUAGCUGCGUUUGUGAAGCAAUUUCAACACAUCAGCCCCCAACGCCGCAGCAGUUGGAAGCGUCGUGACUAUGAAGUUGCCCUGAAAAAGGAAUCCCGCAUGCUUCUUUCGCAUGGCAAAGUCGAGACGGUUCUUACCCACCUUGGCUCACUACCAAGCACUUUGGGCAGGGAUAAAGCAUUUUUCUCUCCAUCUGAGGUUUCGACUGUUGCUUCGGAACUCGCAUAUGAGACGAGUGUUGUAUCUGUCUUUGAGCUUCCAUGUUUAUCACCUGUGAAAGCCGAGCGACCUAUACCUAAAAUCAUCGUGACACAACAUGAUGGUGAGUAUGAUGAUAAUGACACAUACUCCCAUACCGACAAAACUCCUCCCCCGAGCUACGAAGCAAGUGGGAUGAUUAGCACAGCAGAGGUACGGUGA